GGACCUUCGUCCUCGCCCCCACACGCCUCCCUCCCUACCCACCACUUCCUCCCAUCCUUUCUUCCUCUCUCUCUCCAUAUUCCCGUCCCUCUCCAUUCUUUUUUCACUCAAACCUUGAUCGCCCCAUGUCCCCCCGCCCUCGCCCGCACGGCAGGGUGCACGGGGGCCAUGCGGGCAUCAUCGGGGGCCAUGCGGGCAUCAUCGCCAUGGACGCCGUGCCGCCCGCCUCUGCGGCUCCCUCGCUCGCUCACUCCCUUCUCACGUACGCCUUCCCUGCCCUGCCCUGCCUUACCAUGUGAUGUGUGUGAUGCAUGUGAUGUGUGUGAUGCAUGUGAUGCAUGUGAUGCGUGUGAUGCAUGUGAUGCAUGUGAUGUGUGUGAUGUGUGUGAUGCAUGUGAUGUGUGUGAUGUGUGUGAUGCAUGUGAUGUGUGUGAUGUGUGUGAUGCAUGUGAUGUGUGUGAUGCAUGUGAUGCAUGUGAUGUGUGUGAUGCAUGUGAUGCAUGUGAUGUGUGUGAUGCAUGUGAUGCAUGUGAUGCGUGUGAUGCAUGUGAUGCAUGUGAUGCAUGUGAUGCAUGUGAUGUGUGUGAUGCAUGUGAUGCAUGUGAUGUGUGGGAUGUGUGUGAUGCAUGUGAUGCAUGUGAUGCAUGUGAUGUGUGUGAUGUGUGUGAUGCAUGUGAUGUGUGUGAUGCAUGUGAUGCAUGUGAUGUGUGUGAUGCAUGUGAUGCAUGUGAUGUGUGUGAUGCAUGUGUUGCAUGUGAUGUGUGUGAUGCAUGUGAUGCAUGUGAUGCAUGUGAUGCAUGUGAUGUGUGUGAUGCAUGUGAUGCAUGUGAUGUGUGUGAUGCAUGUGAUGUUUGUGAUGCAUGUGAUGCAUGUGAUGUGUGUGAUGCAUGUGAUGCAUGUGAUGUGUGUGAUGCAUGUGAUGUGUGUGAUGCAUGUGAUGUGUGUGAUGCAUGUGAUGCAUGUGAUGUGUGUGAUGCAUGUGAUGCAUGUGAUGUGUGUGAUGCAUGUGAUGUGUGUGAUGUGUGUGAUGCAUGUGAUGUGUGUGAUGUGUGUGAUGCAUGUGAUGUGUGUGAUGCAUGUGAUGCAUGUGAUGUGUGUGAUGCAUGUGAUGCAUGUGAUGUGUGUGAUGCAUGUGAUGCAUGUGAUGCAUGUGAUGCAUGUGAUGUGUGUGAUGCAUGUGAUGCAUGUGAUGCGUGUGAUGCAUGUGAUGCAUGUGAUGCAUGUGAUGCAUGUGAUGUGUGUGAUGCAUGUGAUGCAUGUGAUGUGUGGGAUGUGUGUGAUGCAUGUGAUGCAUGUGAUGCAUGUGAUGUGUGUGAUGUGUGUGAUGCAUGUGAUGUGUGUGAUGCAUGUGAUGCAUGUGAUGUGUGUGAUGCAUGUGAUGCAUGUGAUGUGUGUGAUGCAUGUGUUGCAUGUGAUGUGUGUGAUGCAUGUGAUGCAUGUGAUGCAUGUGAUGCAUGUGAUGUGUGUGAUGCAUGUGAUGCAUGUGAUGUGUGUGAUGCAUGUGAUGUUUGUGAUGCAUGUGAUGCAUGUGAUGUGUGUGAUGCAUGUGAUGCAUGUGAUGUGUGUGAUGCAUGUGAUGCAUGUGAUGUGUGUGAUGCAUGUGAUGUGUGUGAUGCAUGUGAUGUGUGUGAUGCAUGUGAUGCAUGUGAUGUGUGUGAUGCAUGUGAUGCAUGUGAUGUGUGUGAUGCAUGUGAUGUGUGUGAUGCAUGUGAUGCAUGUGAUGUGAUGCAUGUGAUGUGCAGGCAGGGCCGGGACGGUGUGGUGCGGUGCUGGGCGGUGGAGAGUGUCACCUCUGCGAGCAGCAGCAGCAGCAGCAGUGCAGCGCCCCCGUCACCGCUCUUCGCCAUCCACACGGGCGCCUUCACCUUCUGCCGCAUGGCUCUGCCCUCCCUCGCCUCCCCUGUCCCCUCCCUCCCACCACCACCACCACCACCCUCUGACGGUGCGCCGGUCUCAGCCCCGUGCACUGCCGCCGCCGCUCCCAGUGAGCCCAGUGCAACAGAGGCAGGUGCUGGUGGGGCAGAGCAGGCGGGGGAAGGUGAUGGGGGGGGUGGCGAGGGGCGAGGGCGUGGGGGGCCACGCAGGGGGCUGUUGAGUGGUGCGCUUGGAGCGGUGGAGGGUGGCAGGGGCGAUGGCGGCAGGGGCGAUGGCGGCAGGGGAGAAGGGGAGGCAUUGGAAGGGGGUGGCACAGGCGAGGACGGGCGAGGAAGGGAGGAGGUGGGGGUAGCAGCAAGUGGUGCGCAAGUGCCUGCUGUGUUGGCAACUCCGUGUGACGACAACUGCACUGUAUGCAUUGCGCAUUCGACCCCACUCACUCUUCAUGCUCCUAUUCACUGCCCUCAUGCCCCCCUGCCCCCAUGCUCCCCUGCCCAUACGCCCCCUUUCCUGCCCACACGCCCCCUUUUCUGCCCACACGCCCCCUUUUCUGCCCACACGCCCCUUUCCCUGCCCCCCACGGUUUCUUCCCAUUUUCCAAAUGCCCCUCGUCCCCUCCCCACAUGCCCCUCGUGGCGCUGUGGGACCUGCGCCAUCCCACGCGCCGCGCGCUCUCCAUCGGCUCGCCUCAAGGCUUCCCCCACGCCGCCCCCCCACCCCCACUCCGCUGCAUCUGCCGGCCUUCCCAUGGCGCUGCACCUCGCCCUCAGCCCCUCUGUCUCCCCCGCGCUCUUCCUGCUCGCCGGCUACGAGGACGGCCGCAUGGCCCUGUGGGACGUGCGCCGCCCCGACCGCCCUCUCACUGCCGCGCGCCUGCACUCCCAGCCAGUGCAGAGCAUGGCGGUGUGGAGCAGUGCGGAGCACGGUGUGUCAGGCGGGGCGGACACGGACACCGUCUUCUUCCGCCUCUCCCUCUCCCAGGGCAGCAUGGAGGCGGUGAAGCGAGUGCGGUCACAGCAGCCCGGCACCGCUGCCAUCGCUCUGCACCCCGCGGGUGGAGUUGCGGCCACGGGGGGGUGGGAUGGCAGCGUGCGCCUCUACGACUGUGCCCUCCAUCACACGCCUCGCCCUGCCGCCCAGCUCACCCACCACUCUGCUGCUGUGACAGCACUGGUGUUCACGCCAGACGGCCAACUGUGCUCAGCAUCACGUGACGCCACCAUUGCUCUCUGCCGCUCUUGCUGA